CAUAUCGGCGUCUUGAUAAACGCCCUUCUCAACAUUAUCUCUUCCCUUCGUUUCUUCUCCUUGUUUCCGAUUUCGAAUCCCUCCAAGUCGCGAAAAUGAGAGAGUGCAUUUCAAUCCACAUCGGUCAGGCCGGUAUCCAGGUCGGAAAUGCUUGCUGGGAGCUCUACUGCCUCGAGCACGGCAUUCAGCCUGAUGGACAAAUGCCUGGUGAUAAGACUAUUGGAGGAGGUGAUGAUGCAUUCAACACCUUCUUCAGUGAGACGGGAGCUGGGAAGCACGUUCCCCGUGCUGUCUUUGUUGAUCUUGAACCAACUGUGAUUGAUGAAGUGAGGACUGGAACCUACAGGCAGCUAUUUCACCCGGAACAGCUCAUCAGUGGCAAGGAGGAUGCAGCCAACAACUUUGCCCGUGGUCAUUAUACAAUUGGCAAAGAGAUUGUGGAUCUCUGCUUGGACCGCAUUCGGAAGCUUGCGGAUAACUGCACUGGCCUUCAAGGGUUUCUGGUCUUCAAUGCUGUUGGGGGAGGCACUGGUUCUGGUCUUGGAUCUCUUCUCCUGGAGCGUCUGUCUGUUGACUAUGGAAAAAAAUCAAAGCUUGGUUUCACCAUUUAUCCCUCCCCACAGGUCUCCACAUCUGUGGUUGAGCCCUAUAACAGUGUCCUCUCCACGCACUCCCUCCUUGAACACACUGAUGUUGCCAUUCUGCUUGACAAUGAGGCCAUUUAUGACAUCUGUCGCCGCUCCCUUGAUAUUGAGCGUCCUACUUACACCAACCUUAACCGUCUCAUUUCUCAGGUAACUGAGCUAUAUUUCUCUAAAAGAGUUGAGACAAUUUUGUUUGUUGAUGAAUGAUAAGGUUAUACAUGCUGAUCACUUUUGAAUUUAAUUAAUAAUCACAGGUCAUCUCUUCGCUGACUGCUUCUCUGCGAUUCGACGGAGCCUUGAACGUUGAUGUCAAUGAGUUCCAGACCAAUCUUGUCCCAUACCCUAGGAUACAUUUCAUGCUCUCGUCCUAUGCACCCGUUAUCUCAGCCGAGAAGGCCUACCACGAGCAACUCUCGGUUGCAGAGAUCACCAACAGUGCCUUUGAACCGUCUUCCAUGAUGGUCAAGUGUGAUCCCCGUCAUGGGAAGUACAUGGCUUGCUGUCUCAUGUUCCGUGGUGACGUUGUGCCCAAGGACGUGAAUGCUGCUGUGGCCACCAUUAAGACCAAGCGUACCAUUCAGUUUGUUGACUGGUGCCCGACUGGGUUCAAGUGCGGCAUCAACUACCAGCCGCCCACAGUUGUCCCUGGGGGCGACCUUGCCAAGGUGCAGAGGGCUGUCUGUAUGAUCUCCAACUCCACCAGUGUCGCCGAGGUCUUCUCCCGGAUUGAUCACAAGUUUGACCUCAUGUACUGCAAGCGGGCUUUCGUCCACUGGUAUGUUGGUGAGGGCAUGGAGGAAGGCGAGUUCAGCGAGGCUCGUGAGGAUCUGGCUGCCCUUGAGAAGGACUAUGAGGAAGUUGGUGCGGAGGGAGAGGAUGAGGACGAGGAUGGAGACGAGGGAGAGUACUAGAGACCCCCUCGGCUGGCUCUCUUUCUUUAUGUUUGUUUCGUUUAAUAUCUAAAACAUGUUGCUACAUGUUUUUUUUUAAAAAACGUCGUUUGAAAUUGAAGCUUUGCCCCCCAUGACAAUAUUAUCGUAUCUAUGUUUGUGUGAUAUGGUUUGCCUUAAAAAAGGACUGGGCCAAGAGUGGUCUAUGUUAGUACUCAAUACCUUUUACGAGUAGUAAAGUUUUGACCUGAAUUCGAGUGACGUUCUGAAUGAAUCAUGAGUGUCGGUUUUGGUUAAAAUGAAAAAAUGAUCUCCUUUCAGGGUUUGUUGUAUAUGAAAAUGAAUUGGAUUAGAAUUA